ACCAAUAGGCUAACGGCUAACCCUAUACUUUUUACUUGUUCAUUCAGUUCAUUCUACAAGUUAGUCUUGUUCAGUCAGUCAUUGCUGUUUACAAGUCAUUCUAAACUCAGCUCUGCGCACAUCUAGACAGAAUGCUAAUUUUUCAAACGCAUAUAAUUGCCUUACUAUCAAUUGUGGGAAGCCAAAGAUUACUAGCAAGUCCAACAUCUACAGUUCCGCCCUUGGAAGAAUUCAGCACUUUUAGAUCACUAGCAAGUACAACAUCUACAGCUUCUCCAUUGGAAGACACAUCAAAAGGAGAAACUAGAGAACAUGAUGAAUCUUCGACAACUGAACGAACAGGAAGGAAGAACAACUGGGACUGCCAAGCAGAAUCCGACUACAUUCGGAAACAGAUUACACUGACCUCCAGACUGCUGAAAGAUGGCGAAAAAGCACUGCAGGCGCAAACCGAUUCGUCAGCUGACGAAACUGUUCUGGUACUGGGUAAAGCAGGCAGCGGAAAAACCAGUUUGGUCCAGUUUCUUACUGAAAAUCCCAAACUACAGUCGAAAAAAGUCAGAGCAGAUACCGGUGAGUACAUUUUGGAAGAUGGGGAGAAAAUAGGAACAUCAGCCACUGAAUCGUUCACACUGUACCCUGAAUUCGUCAACUACAAUUCGACCACCAACUUCUGUGACUCACCAGGAUUCCACGACUCCAGAGGUUCUGCACAUGAGAUUGUCUCCAUGGAUGUCAUGAAGUCAACUGUUAGUCACUUCAAGAAGGUUAAAAUUCUGCUGCUUGAAAAGUAUGGCUCUCUACAGUAUGGAGUAUCAAAGGAUAAUUUUAUAAACACUCUGCAUCAUUUGAAUGAUUUUUUGGUGGAUAUUGAUAGAUACAGAGAUCACAUUGUGCUUAUAGCAACCAAAAUACCUUUCGUUUACAAAAUGGCAGAUGAUGGCGAUAGUGCAAUGCCUGAAUUGAUAACAGAAGAAAUGCAUAUUGAAAGCAUCAUGGAAUAUUUGAAUCAAACAGAAACUUCAAUUGCUGAGAAACUCAAUCAGGAUAUUGGAAAAAGUAAGAAAGAUUUCUAUGAGAAAGUGAUAAAACUUAUGCAGAGUCUUCAAACUAGAGAUGAGGAUGGAAAAGCAACCAGAAUCGCCAUCUUCCGGCGCCCUUACAAGUCUGGACCUCUCACCAGCAUGUCAUUGCUUGAUAAAAACAGAGAGUCCAUCACUAAAACUAUUGAGCAGUUGCAAUCAGUUGAAGUGAAGCAGAAUGACUUUGAUUUUACUCUAUCAAAUGAAGCCAAAAUGUACCUUGAGUGUCUUCUUAAACUGACAAGUGAAAACUACAAAAGUAAGAUCAAUGAACUGUCUUACAAACUGAAUGAAUUUCUCAAUGAAAAAGUACAAAACUACUCAAGUUUUUCCCAGGCUCUGUCAGAGCUGGAAUUGUUGUACAAAGAGCUCAAACAAUUAGCAGAAAAUCUUGAUGAAACAAGGAAUUACAAUGAGCUCUUUGAGAAGAUUAAUGGUUUCAUUAAAAAUCAGGAAAUCUCAUUACCAGUCAACUACAACGAGAGAUUACAUGUUUUGGAAAAAUAUGAGAAGAUUUUAUCGAAAUUCGUGAAUACAAGUGCAGUUUUCAUCCCAUCUUUGUGGACACACCCAAUAAAACAAGUUAUCAAAGUAACCAGAGAUGAACUACAUUGGUACAGAAAUCUAAACAAAUUCAUCGAGGGGCUCUCAAGUUACAGAAUGCAGAAGAACAAAACUGAGGUCUACUCAACAGUCUUUCAUGAGGGUGUGACAUCAACCAAUGGCUUGAUGGCACUGUUCAUGGAUACCACAGGAAGCACAGAUUUCAAACAGUUCAUUGACGCACUAUCCAACACUAGGAAGCAAUCAGAAGUUGAAACAAUACCAAGAACCCUCCUGAAGCUGAAUGACGUUAGCUGUGAUGUUAAUGGUAAACUAACAGUAAAAGGUUUCCAUGUGAUUCUUUCAGAGAUCAACUCAGAUGUAUUGAUGCGUUCCUAUUGUAAAAACAUUACAGUCAAAGAGGUUGCUCUACUAGCUGUUGAUACAGUUUUCUUGGAUGAGGACACCAUUGAUAGUUUGAGCGGCGUGAGCAUGUUUGUAGCAGCACCCAGAUGGCAGGUGAUUGGGCAGAGGCGAAUAGUUCUCAGUGGUCAGCCAGGUCUUCCUAUACUUGAUACUGGAUUCAAUGGGAAGCCUGGCCUGCCAGGACAUAAUGGAGGUAGUUUUUUUGGAGUCGGAUUGCACUUUUUGAAUGGUGGAAACCUGAAAAUCGAGUCGAAUGGUGGAGCAGGAGGACCUGGAUCAAAUGGAAGUAAAGGAGCCCCAGGUAUUGAUGGAACUGAUGCUUGGGAACUGUUGAGAGCAGGAGGAAAAAGUGUUGCAGAUGGAGUGUACAGAUUUGACACUGGAAUUGAAACAGAUUAUUUGCAAAAUAGUUUAGGGAAUCCUAAUGCUAAAAUACCAUUGGAUCUAGGUGAGUUUUGGCCCAGAGACGGUGAUAAUUAUUAUAAUUUCCACACAGAGUUAGAAGUGGUCUUAAAAGAAGGUCAGUGUGGAGAUGAAGGGGAUAAGGGGGGUUUGGGUGGAGCUGCAGGAAUUGGAGGAUAUGCGGGUGAUAUGCAACUGAUUGAGCUGGGAGACGCAUCCCAGAUAGAGAUGCAGAAUCAAACUGGCAACAUGGGAGCUAAUGGCAUUGGCGGAGAAACUGGAGAGCGAGGUAUCGAUGGCGCUAGAAUGGUUUGUGUUCAAGUGAAAGCUUUUCAAGAAAAACUCCAUACCUAUGAUAAAAUAAAAUCAUACUGGAGUUGCGAACCGACAGAAAUGCAGUCACCAACCUGCAAAACAUGUCCAAACUGUGAUCAGACCAAUGUGAACCGAGGAUACAUACAAGAUGGUAUCAAACAGCCAGCCCCCAAAAAGUCUCCAGAUUUCAUUCACUACCUUUUGGACUAUGCCAUCUUGCUAGAAGCACACUCUAACAGCACCUUAUUCAAAACUAUAAUUGGUGAAUUCAAAGAGGCCAUUCAGAAGAAAUUCACAUACAAUCUGAAUGAAUUGGGAAUGUUGUACUUCAAGAAAUCAGCUUAAUAACAACAACUUCAGAGUAGCUAUUUAGAAUUCAAUAACAAACAGUAUGAAUAGGAUCGGAUUUUAGUCAAUGGAGAAUUCAGUAUAGUUCAUACAAUUUUCAAAAAAUGUAGAUUAAUAUAUUACGUUACAAGGCCUGUAAGUAUAUGAGUUUACAGGAUAAGCAUGAUAACUCCCAUUCGAGGCGGGGUAUCAUUCAUAUUGUAUGGUUUCUCAAAUAUGCAAAUAUUUCAACUUUCCGUAAUUUGUGUUUGUUUAUUAUCUAGCAUUACCAAAAUUUUCAAAUAAUAUCAACAUAUUGCCAUUUAAAAUCCAUACCUAACCUUCCUAAUAAUAUUAUCUUUUACCUUGAAAACAUAAUUGCCACAAUGUCAUUUCAUAACAUAACAAACAUAACAGUCAUGCCACAAUGAAUAAACAAUUAUUAUAUUUUCAUUUGACAUUUUGCAAAGUUUUGUACAUUUUUAUCCUAUCUUGAACGUUAUGCUAGGAAACUUAUAAUUACGCAUACUAUAUUCAUGUAUCUAUUUAUAACUUUAUUGCAUUUUGUCUUCUUUAUUUGUAAUUUUAAGGCUAAUGAAUAAAUUAAACAGAACCAUUUAGGUUAUGCUCAUCUUAUUUUUUAUGCAAGACAAUGUGAAAUCUUGCAGAUCAGAGGAACUCCCUUCGGGACUUGCUGAGACUGGAUCAGGCAAGUCCCUUGACAUAAAUUAAAGUCAAGUCGCAUAUAUUUUUCCACACAACCAGUAACUAAAAAUGCAAAUGAGUCAGAAACAAUAA